AUGAGUCCGCCAGUACAGUUCUCAUUUGUUCCGAGUUACCAAGCAGGCGAGUCUUCGCGUGACAAAGGGCUGCGACUGUCGACUGUGAGGUCUCAUGCAUCUUUGAUCACUCAUCAAAGAAUCAGAUCCAAAAGCCACAGAUCGCCCCGCUCGAAUGCAGAGAACCCGGCAUCAGCAGAGGUUGGCAAAGCAGGGGCAACUGUUCAACCUACCCUUCCUAUCCGGGUGACUCGACUGAGCUCGCCACCACUUUCGCCUGAAGACCAAGAAAACCCAGGAACGGCGCAAGAACAGCUCCCGAUAGAGAAAUGGCGAUCACUAAACAACAAUUGCGAGUACCCUCUGAGUCCUCCCGAGUCGCCAGAUCCGGAAAACUACAACGAUGGCGGGGAACUGGCAGUCGUCACAUGCGAUACCAACAAACAAGAGGAGCCAACAUAUCUGAUAGGUAACCACUACAUGCAGUCAGAUGUACUUGAUCACAACCAUAGGAUACCUUUUCAAGCCCAGACUCUCUCAAUCUCGGAUUUCUUGUCUGGGUUCCGAACCGAUCCAUUCCACUGUAUCCCUGCUAGCGUCGAUAGCCGAGUGGCGUCGACAGUCGAUUUCUAUACUCAGCAUCUGAGUCCUGGCAACGAUGCGGUAUGCUAUAUAUUCGAUGUUUUGAAUAUAUACGCUUUCUUUCUGGACACACUCUCCGUGUCGCAUUUCUACGACGCGGGAAUGAGUGUCAUUCAAGGAUUGCACGAUAACAUUCGAAACCCGAGUUCCCCUGUUUCGAUGCAGGUCCUGGUCCAUCGAGGAAAAGCAAUGACAAAACUCAGACAGCGCAUUCUUAGAGACGCAAGCAAUGUGGACGAUAGUACCCUUAUCGCGAUGGUCUUCAUGGCUAUUCUAGAGCGAUCCCUUCGCAAUAUCAAAGCACAUGAGCUACACAAGAAGAGUCUUGGAAUGAUCGUAUCUGCAAGAGGUGGACUGAAUAGUUUCAAGGAUGGGUCAUUGGCGAAAGCGUGUAUGUUGCAAUUCGAUACCUUAUGGUCAUUGGAUUUAGGCCAAACUAUGUUCCCUGGCGAACGCCGCCCCCAUAAACCUGAGGUGCCCAAACAUCCCUACUCUGCGGAGUUGCGUGAAAUCCUCAGCACAUUCCCUCCAGGUUUUGAGAGUCUGGCAUUCGAGAGUGCGCUGACAUACGACUUAUUCCCCGUGGUUUAUCGAGCGUCUCACCUCUCACGUCUGAAGCCGAGCGGUAUUCGUGACCUACUAUCAAACAAGCGAAGAUGGGGCUGUAAGUACAACGACUUCGCGGAGGCAUGUCCUGCUUUAGCAAUUUCUGGGCUCGAAGGAUCCUUACUGGAAAAGUUGAUAUGUACUGCCAUCUUGUGCUUCUCGUAUACGGGAUUCGGUUCGAAAACUUCUGCAAGCGCAGUACGUGGGUCAAGGGGCGAGCUGACUACGAAACUACAUCUUUAUGAACCCAACUCCAUUGCAAAGCUGGACUGCCUGAUGUGGAUGUAUGUUGUGGCAAUUGAUGCUUGGAAGAUCGGGUCUCAACUCCACCCUGAUGGCAUUCUUCUUUUGGUGAAGUUGCAAGAGGCAUUUCCGAUCAUGAGAGAUGUCAAUACAGCUAUCGCCAAAGCCAAAAUGUUUCUCUGGACCAACAUACUUGAAGAAUCCGUGCGGUCUUACUGGAAGGAUCUCAUAUCAAUUGGCUAG